AUGAGUGCCAUACUAAGUGCAGAUGAUUUGAAUGAUUUCAUCACUCCUGGAGUGGCGUGCAUUAAGCCCACUGACGAGCAGAAUAGGGGCGAUAGACCAAAUCAGGAGCUUGAGAUCGAGAUUGAUGGCUCCGGCCAACCCAUGGAAGUGACCAAAGAGGGCAAUACUACAAGGCUUCAGAAGGCGCAGAUUUCAUUGGCAGAUUGCCUUGCUUGUUCGGGUUGUAUCACAUCUGCUGAAGAAGUACUCAUGGCCCAGCAUUCACAUAAGGAGUUUCUCAACGCUUUAAAGGAACAUAAAGAUGACAUGAUUUUUGUGGCCAGUAUUAGUCAUCAAACUAGGGCCUCAUUAGCUAAUGCUUUGGGAAUAUCAUGGGAAUACGUUGAUAAGCUGUUGAUCAAGUUGUUUACCGAGAGACUAGGAUUCGCUAAGAUCGUGGGGACAGGUUUGGGACGAAAGAUCUCUUUGAAGCAGAUGUCUCAGAGUAUCAUUGAGCGUAAAUACGGCUCCGAAGCACUUAAUAAACCAGUGCUAUCGUCAAUUUGCCCUGGAUGGGUUAUGUAUGUUGAAAAGACACACCCUUUCCUUUUGCCCUAUAUGGAUAGGACUAAAUCUCCGCAGCAAAUUACUGGUCUCUUAUUGAAACGGCUUACCGCAGCAGAAUAUGACAUUAGACCAACCCAAGUUUAUCAUCUAGCGAUCAUGCCCUGCUUUGAUAAAAAGUUAGAGGCCGCAAGACCCGAGUCAGAUGAACAGAUGGACGUUGACUGUGUGAUAACUCCAAGAGAGUUGGUGCAGAUGCUACAAGAAGAAGAAAUCGACGUUGACAGUUUGUUAUUGAGUGUUCAAAAUGACGCUGACUAUUGUGAUGUGAAGGUAUUAUAUGAGCAUUUUGCACCGAAGAACUGGCUCGGGCCCACUGAAUCGUGGUAUAAUGACGAGGGAUCUCCUUCGGGAGGCUACGCAUUCCAUUAUUUGAAUGAGGUAGUCAAGUAUGCAGUUGGCAAUCUUGGUGCCAAGGUGGAGUCGUUGGAAAUUCGUUCUGUGGGAGGACGAAACCCGGAUAUUUAUGAACUUGAAUUGGUUAACAAUGAUACAGGAGAAAGUAUAGCAACUAGUGCCGUUGUGAAUGGAUUCAGAAAUAUUCAGAACAUGGUUCGGAAGAUUAAAAAGCCAAGUGGUGAAUCGAUAGGCAAUGUAAGAGGUCGAAUGGCGCACAGAAAAAGAAGGGGUGAUGCUAGUAACAAGAAAACUGCGAAUACAGUGUCGAUCGAUCCACUGAAAUGUGAUCUUAUAGAGGUUAUGGCUUGUCCAAACGGAUGCAUCAAUGGGGGAGGCCAAAUCAGUGGACCAUCGGAUCGCUAUUCCGCCAAACAGUGGAUACAGAAGGCUACAGACAUUUACAAUUCUAUCCCAUUAAGCAUUGAGCCGGAUUCAGCUGAAAUGGAACAGUGGAUAACUGCUUGGCUUGAGAAAUUCACUGUGUGCAAUUCUAGAUUGUUGAAAACGACAUUUAGAAAGAUCGAGCAACCAAAGGAUACAGCUACUAUAGCUCUCACUUCGACGUGGUGA